UAAAAAGAUAUUCUAUAGAAACUGUCCAUUGGAACUAUAGUUUCUAUAUAUAUUAUCUAUAAAAAUUAAUAGGUCUAUGUAGUUUCUAGGUUGGGAGCGUCGUUAGAAGCUGCGUUUCCAGCCUCCACGCUGUUGGGCCAACUUGUGCUGCUCGAAGGCCCGCAAAGGCGCAAUCGUUGGAUAUACGCCGAAGGGUGGAUGCUACAGUGGCAGAGCGACUGCACGCACGCCGACGCCCCCAAGUCAGAGCCGUCGCCGCCGCCGCCGCCGCCGCCUCCGGCCUUCUCUUCCUGGCCAAAAUCUGAGAAUCAUGGACAAUCCCACACCUCCCGUGGCCGCCGCCGCUGCCCGCUGUUUCGACUUCGACUUGAUAGUCCUGGGCGCCGGCAUCAUGGGUAGCUGCACGGCACACGCGGCGGCGUCCCGAGGCGCGCGCGUCUUGCUCCUGGAGCGCUUCGACCUGCUGCACGGCCUGGGCUCCUCGCACGGCGAGUCGCGCACCUUCCGCGACGCCUACCCGGACGCGUGGUACCCGCCGAUGGUGCGCCUCCCCGGCCGCCUCUGGGCGGACGCUGAGGCCGAGUCCGGCCACCGCGUACUCACCGCGAUUCCGCUGCUCUUGAUGGGCCCGCGCAGCAACGCCUCGGUCCUCGCCGCCGCCAGAAACGCCGGUGCGGAGGAGGUGGACGAUGUGUCCGCGAGGUGGGGAGGCGCGUUCCGGCUCCCUGAUGGGUGGGUUGCCGCGGUGAGCGACCACGGCUCCGGCGUGCUGCACACGACCGAGGCUGUCAAAAUGUUCCAGGAUCUCGCCGUCCACAAGGGUGCUAUGGUGAGGGACAACGCGGAGGUCGUCGAGAUCCUGAAGAGACCGGAGGGAGGCAUCGCGGUGAGGACGAGCACCGGCGAGGAGUUCCACAGCGCGAAGUGCGUCGUCACGGUGGGCGCGUGGACCAGCAGGCUCAUCAAGUCCGCCGCCGGUGUGGAGCUCCCGCUCCCCAUCCAGCCGCUGCACACGCUGGUCCUGUACUGGCGCAUCGAGCCCGGCCGAGAGGGAGAGCUGACGGCGGAGUCCGGCUUCCCCACGUUCUCGAGCUACUGCGACCCGCUGUACGUGUACAGUAUGCCGUCGCUGGAGCGCCCGGGCAUGAUCAAGAUCAACUAUCACGGCGGACCACCGUGCGACCCGGACCUGGUCUCUGGCGGCGGCGACGUCGUGGAGCGGGUGGCCCGCUGGAUUGACGAGUUCAUGCCUGGACACGUGGAGACCGCGGGCGGGCCGGUCGACCGGCUGGCGUGCAUGUACUCCAUGACGCCAGACGAGGACUUCGUGAUCGACUUCCUCGGCGGGGAGUUCGGGCAGGACGUGGUGGUCGGGGCUGGGUUUUCCGGGCAUGGCUUCAAGAUGGGUCCGGCGGUAGGGAUGAUCCUGGCAGAGAUGGCUUUGGACGGCGAGACGAGGACUGCGGCGGAGGCCGGCGUGGAGCUCGGUCACUUCAGGAUCAACCGGUUCGAGAGUAACCCCUUGGGGAAUGCCUCCAAGGAGGAUUAGUAAGGUCGUUCAUGGAUAUGGUAUGUGUUGUGUAAGCGUCGAUUUUGCAAUAUCACGGGACUUCAAUGCUGGAAUCUCUAAGUACUCAACCAUGAGUGCCAGUACUUUCCUCAAGAUCU